UACAAACCCAUGAGUCGGGUGGAGCCUCGAGUCCACUAGGUUGCACAGGGCCUCACAGCAUGCUCGUGACGGCCCUGUUAUAUGGUGUGCAAAUAAACCUCAAAUUUAUCAUAUCUUAUUUAUCAUAUCUUAUGUUUAUGUCUGCAUGGUUACCAUCAGUGUAAUCAUAUCCUAUCAGCUGCAGGCUCUUAUCAUUGCAGACUAACUCUUAUUGUUCUAUAAAUUGGUAAAUAAACAUAUACACUGAUGGUUAGAAGAGAAGAGCUCAGUAAAGAGAUCUCAUGGCUUCUCUUCAUACAUUUCUCAUUCUGUCCAUAUGUGCCACGGCUCUGUGUUUGCCAACAUCUUCACUGUCAGGCAAAACGGAGAUCUAUGUAGAUAAUGGAAAUGACAAGGCUAUAUUUGAAAUAAAUGAAGAGGCAGGACUUAACCUGGUGGAAGGAGACAUUCUGAUAGAGGAGGGAAAAGGCAGAAACACUAUUCUGGGUGAACGGUAUCUCUGGCCUACCACUGUGCCGUACUUCCUCGACAGCAGCCUUGAAAUCAAUGCCAAAGGUGUGAUACUGAAAGCAUUUGAGCAAUUCAGACUCAAGACUUGUAUUGACUUCAAACCCUGGAGUGGAGAGCCAAACUACAUUUCUGUGUUUAAAGGCAGCGGAUGUUACUCAAUGGUGGGGAACCGACAGAUGGGGAAACAGGAGUUGUCAAUUGGUGAAAACUGUGACCAUUUAGGAAUAGUGGAGCAUGAGUUUCUGCAUGCGUUGGGUUUCUGGCACGAGCAGUCCAGAUCUGACAGAGACGACUACGUCACCAUAGUGUGGGACCAGAUUGAAGAGGGUAAAGAGCGAAUCUUCGAUUUAAAUGAUGAAACAGUUUCAAGCUCUCUCGUGUGCCUUAUGAUUAUGUUUCUCAUGCACUACGGUAAGAUGGCCUUCAACAAAGGCAACAAGCCAACCAUCGUUACCAAGAUACCAGAAUUCUUGGAUGUGAUUGGUCAAAGCAUGGAGUUUAGUGACAGUGACCUGCUCAAGCUAAACAGGCUAUACAACUGUACUAGAACCUCAACUUUUCUGGACUCUUGCCACUUUGAGGGACCGAAUAUCUGUGGUAUGAUCCAGGGAGAUGGUGGAAAUGCCAAGUGGGCUCGUGUACAAACUGUAGAGGGCGGUCCAAAGACGGACUACACCACUCUGGGUCAAUGUCAAGGUAUAUGAACACCCAUAAACACAAAAGCAGGAUUCAACCCAACAACUGCCUGCACUUUUUUUUUGGAGCCACAUAACUGUUGCUGAUGAAACUUCGUGC